UGACGUGGCAGUGCGUAGGGUGUCCCGGCCGGUCACAGGGCCGCCGGCCGCGCCAGGGCGCGUGCCCGGGUAACGAUGCGGAGCGCGGGGAUGUCGCGGGACGGCUGCGAGACAUCGCUGGGGCCCAGCGGAUAGCUGGAGGCGGGAUGGGCUGCUGCGGCGCCGCAACUCGCGUGGAGACAAUCCAGGGUGGCGGCGGACCGGACACCUUGCCCUGCAAGCAGCGCUCCGUACGCGACGUGCCAUGUCUCAUCGUGUUCGCCCUCUUCCUGGCGGCUGGGAUUUUGGCGCUGAUUGUCGCCUUCAGCCAGGGCAGCGUCCACCGGCUGCUCCACGGCUAUGACAACUACGGCAAUGUCUGCGGCCAGGAUAAUGACGACAUCCACAGCGUGGCCAACAGCGGCCAGGACUUCACCGGCAAGCCAAUCGUGCUGGUCCACUCCGACAUCUCGGACGCUCAGAAAGGACAGGCAGUGCUCGACUUCGGGCUUGACGUGUUCCACCUGAUGAACAGAACCUGCGUCAGCGAAUGCCCUAGCGAGGGCGGCGAGCUGGUGGUGAACUACUGCUUCUACUCGCCGCCGUCGCCUGGCGGCCCCACCGUCAGCUCGCAAGCGACCAUGGAGGCGUCCUCCUUCUUCGACGAGCUCUCGCGCGACCUGGAAAAGGCCUGGCAGGAGCUGCUCGCCAUCUGCGCCGUGGCUCUAGGUCUAGCUCUCGUGCUGCUGGCCACUCUGCGCUUCCUGGCCUGGAUGAUCGUGUACGUCGUCAUCGCCGUCAUGGUCGUCGGUGCGCUGGCCGGCACCGGCCUCCUCUGGUAUCUAUAUUUUGAAGCAAAGAAGGCUGCAGACAACGCGCACGAAUCGAUACGAGAGUUCCGAAUGAGAGACGCCAACAGUAUGCUGGCCUUCGCUGUGGUGGCAACGAUUGCGACGCUACUGCUACUGAUCCUGCUGGUAGUGAUGCGAAAGAGGAUCAAGCUGGUGACGGCCCUCUUCAAGGAGGCCGGCAAGGCCGUGCAAGCGAUGCCGCUGAUGCUGCUACAGCCAUUGGUAACGUUUGUAGUGAUGGCGAUCACCGUCUGCGUCUGGGCGGCGACGGCCCUGGUCAUCGAGUCCAUGGGGACGCCGGUGCCCGGCCUGCACUCGGGCUUCGUCCAGUACAGGAAAACCGGCGCUGGGCUCUUCUUCCGCUGGUACAACAUGUUUGCCCUGUUCUGGGUGAGUCAGUUUAUCAUCGCGUGCCAGGAUAUGGUGGUCGGCGGCGCCGUCAGUAAAUGGUUCUUCACAAGAGACAAGUCGCAACUCGGCAAUCCAGUUUUGCUGGCGACCAAGAAUCUAGUUCUUUACCACCUGGGCUCUGUUGCCUUGGGCUCGUUCAUCAUCGCCGUCGUCAAGAUGAUCCGCUACAUUUUGAAGAAAAUACAGGCGCAGAUGGGCAACAACCCGGUAGCGAAGAUAGUCUGCUGUUGCUGUCAAUGCUGUCUCUACUGUUUUACCAAGUUCCUGCAGUUUCUCAACCGCAAUGCCUACGUCGAGAUAACCAUCCACGGCUACAACUUCUGCAAGGCGGCGCAGCAGGCGUUCGGCAUCCUAGCCCGCAACGCGCUUCGAGUGGCAGCCAUCAACAGCAUCGGCUCCUUCGUGCUGUUCCUGGGCAAGCUGUCCGUCACCGUCUCCACCGUCUUCAUCGGCAUCGAGAUCAUGAAGGGUCGACCCGACGUCAAGCAUAGCUAUAUCCUCAUCGCAAUAGGAGGCCUGUUUGCUUACAUGAUAUCGUACGUCUUCAUAUCUAUAUAUGAGAUGGCUAUAGACGCGCUCUUCAUCUGCUUCUGCGAAGACUGCGACAUCAACGAUGGAGUCGAGAGGCCGUACUAUAUGAGCAAGGGGCUUAUGGAGUUCGUGGAGAACAGCAAAACCGCGUUGGCGGCGCUCAAGUACAAGCCCGAACCCAACAACAACCAGCCUCCGCUGUUCGUGAAGAGUCCCGGCGCCCCGGGCUCCGACUCCUGAAGGGAUUCCCGAGACUCGGAGACUCGGGACACUCCCGUGGCGUGGGAUCAUCGCAGCCGGCCGGUCGGCGGCAGCGACCGGGGGAUGGACUGAAGCUGGCGCGGAGCCGUUGGAGCCCUUCCGUGAUAGCGACCUAGGUGCCUUUCCUGUGUGCCUUCUGCGGUUCAGUCGGAGCGCUUAGUUAUGCAUUUUAGCCCUGUGUUAAUUGCAAGGCCGGGCUGGUGAAACACGGUUCCCUUGCGUCAUAGCAAUGCACACAGGCUGGCGUCGAGAUCGCAGGCGUGGAUCUCGGAUCUCACGGAAGCCGUUGGUAUCUGGAUCUGGCCCCGGGCCGUGAAGAGCGCUCACGGCAUCGAGACACCUGUCUGUAUGUAUGCACAUCUGUCUUCGCCGUUCCGAUAUCACUGUCACUGAUUUGUUCGCGCACCUGGCACAGCCAAGUAAGCUGGUUUGAAUAGUGUCAUGCGCUAUCGGGCAUGCACUAUAUGGGCGUGCCUUGCUGUUGAUGCCCAGUGCCCCUGGAGCUCACAGCUCCCCCAGUGUUAGCCGCGACCCGCGGUCGUUCGCGUCGGCGGAUAUAUCGAGCACGUCGGCACACGCAGUCAACAAAAACCCUACGUCCCACGAUAUUUCGUAGCUGAAGCUUCCUCGUUAUUCUGUUUAAAUGGAACACGCUGAAUUGGAACAGAAGGCAAAAACACCACUUCAGCGCUGCCGCUACUUUAAGCAGUCGUCACAGUUGUCCAUUACAGUCGAACAUGGCCGAUGCAUACACACAUAGUG